AUGGAACGUCUAAGCAGUUUACCAGUAUCUGGCUUAAUCAAGGAUGGUGGACGGUUACUUGAAACCGGAUCAAUUUUUCAGAUUUUGUCAUUNGUGUAUUUGACGUUGUUGAAGAAGAUAAUGAUGAAGUGUGAGCAAAUCAACAAUUGUGUGCAGUGUAUAUAUCGAGUGUCGAAUGAUCUCGUCAAGGAUAUUCCAGCAUUCUAUGAGAAAUAUUCGGUUAGUUCGAGUAGUGGUUAG